CCUGCCACUUGCCGGUGCAGGGGAGACUGAGCUAGAACUACAGCAUGUGUCCUUACCUGUUUGCCUGCCCACUAGCUCUGGCACCAGGUUCUGCAGCGGAAAAAAAGAGAUGGAACCAAGCCGGUGACUUUGCUGUAACCUCAAAGUGAUGGGAUGGGAAAUGCCCCAGCAGGCUCCACACAAACACGCCUAUAAGGCCAGACGGAGUGGGGAUCCUGCACUGGCAGCUGCGGACCUAACCCGGGAAUGCUGCAAGGAGGGAAAGGAUGUCAACAAGCAAAAGCCAGUGGGCCCCUGAGCACGAAGACACUGCUUACACCAAGCUCCUACAGAAGGCACGUGAAUCCCCCUUUGUGCCUGUUGGUCUAGGAAGCUUUGUCACGGUGGUAGCUUAUGGACUCUACCUGCUGAAGGGUAGGGGAAAGAUGAAGAUGUCUUUGCACCUGAUCCACACUCGGAUGGCUGCCCAGGCCUGUGUGGUUGGGGCCAUCACUCUGGGCACAACCUAUACCAUGUACAAAGACUACAUGCUGAAGCCGUCCACAGACAGAGCCCAGAAAUAAACCAGAGGAAGCUGCAUGGCCCCUUCCACUUGAGUGCGCAGAGGUGUGCCUGAGGUCGAGAUGCAGUAAUCUCUUGCAGAACCCAAGGCCCCUGCAG